AGGUUCGAUGGAGGAGUUUUUUGAGGGAGGAGAUGGAGGAGGGGGUGUUGGGGUAUUGGAUUGACGUUGAUCGGGAGAAGCCGGAGAUGUCUGCCUUGUUCUACAUUCAGGUGACAGAAUUCCAAGGGGACGGCUACUCCAUCGGAAUAAGCUGCAGCUUGCUCUUAGCAGACCCUCUCUUUUUAACCCAAUUCCUCAAAAAAUGGGCCGUAGCCCACUGCAGCAUGCUAGCCCAAGCCCACCCAAAAACCCCAAUGUUUCAUCUUAAUUACUUCAGAAUACCCCAACGCCCGAAGCAUCUCAAGUCCAUUCCAUUUGACCACACCCAGCCCAAACCAACCACCAAAACCAUUUUAUUCAAAUCCAACCCUCAUCAAACACCAAGACUCAACCACGCUACUCUAGCCUCAAUUUGCAUCAAGAAAGCAACUCACUUGCUCGAUAUCGACCCCUUGUUAAAAUUUUCGCUUAUCGUCAACAACCCUAACCCUAAUGGGGAUUUAACCGUUGGGUCGUGUCAGGGCGAAGAGUUGGUGCAUUCUGAUGUCUGUGACGGUGCGGUUGCUGCAGCGUCGAUGGAUGAGUUUGGACUUGAUGAGCUAGCGAUGAGCGAAGGGAACGUGCCCGUGCAUGUGUCGUGCGGUGUUGUCACCUCGUGUGAGACCGAGGGGUUGGUGGUGGUGAUGACGCCGGGAUAUGAUGAUGGUGCUUCGGAGGUUUUGAUCAGCGUCACGAUUCCGAAGAAGUAGGGAUCCAGGAUUUGAACUUUGUUGUGUAAUUUGGUGUGUUGGCUUUGAUAAGCCGGAAUCGUCUGAAUGGAUCUUUACAAAUUAUUGAUUGAAGCGCGUGCAUUGUCGAAAUGUUUUUCUACUCUUGAAGUAUUUUGUUUAUGUGUUUCUCCAAAUUUGUAAAGAUCUUAUCUAUUCAGGUUUGCAUAAGUUCCUUUUCUUCAGCAACUUUAGAGACACGGCUGCAUUGUUAAAUGUUCUUAUAGCUAUUUCUUCUUCUUUUCUAUGAUAUCAUCAUUAUUUA